ACGGUAACGUGAUCAAGACGCGCGUGCGUUCCGUUAGUGCGAGAAGCCGUUGUCGUUUACAGAAUGGAUUGUUGUUUUCUGUAUGAAUAUCUGGGUUGUCGGUAAACAGUUUCCGAACAGCGAUGCUGAAGCUCCGGCGGAAAUAUUAAUCUCCGGGUUGUUUUUUGUUUUUUUUUUCCAUUCUGUAGCUGAGCGCGUGAACCACAGCAAGCGGCUUCUUUGAUCACGACAGGCGCGAUACCGAUCUGGACACUGGGGCGAUGUGAAACGCCGAUAUCGCUCGUUCCUUCCGCGCACCGAGGAAUAAGAAUGAACACCGGGAAAGAUAUGUCUCCCGAUUUCGUCUUGAUGCGCCUGGUCUCUGCGGCCGAGGAGGACGGCGGUGUGCCGUCGGGCUCCGGAGAGGUGGCUGGAUUCGGGCAGGACGCCUUGAGCCACGGAAGCGUUAGGGGUAAACUGGACUGCGCGCAGAAUCAGGUAGGUCUCAGUCACCUCCCGGCGGGGAACAAAGCUCCGCAGUGUGGCGGAAGCGAGGCACCUGAGCCCGGCCCCGCCGAGGCCCGCGCUUUCGAUCUCAGCCACGGAGCCGGAAUCGGGCCUCAGCUGCUGGUGUUCCGAGAUGUACCGAGAGACAAUGAUGGAUUGUCUGAAAACAAUGCGGAUGCGUCGAGGGCUUUCGAGGAGCAGACCACACAUCCUUCUGAGUCGAGCGCCAGCACAAAUAACAAUGCGCUCUGCGCUGUAGGUGCGCAGCAUCAUCCUCCGUUCCAUCCUCCCUGGGCGCUGCAUCCUCAGCUGAAGCUCAACACCGCGGACACACACACAGCCGAACUGUGCCACCGGCACCGCAUCAUCACAGAUGAACGCAGCUGGGCGCACAAAUCAAACCCAACCGCAGUGUCGGACCCGAACUGGAGCAUGAGGGCGCAGGCAGAGCUCCGGCUCCCUGACAGGCCUGUUCCGGUUCUGGAUCUCGCGAGGCAGUUUGGAGACCUGGGAGUCGCCCCGGUGCCCGACUUUUUGCUCAAGGACGGCGAUCUCCAACACUGCUCGUGCUCCACGACGAGCGGAAUCAGACAAGGAGAAGAUCCGACCGAGACCAGCGAUGCUCUGCUUGUACUGGAGGGCCUGGGAUCAGAGGAGGUCAGCGGCCUGGGCAUGAAGAACAACAACUCUGAGUGCCAAGACAGUGCACAGGUGAAGACCCAGCUCGCGCUCAGGUGUUUCCCUUCAGUCGGGCUGCUCUCGGGUCAGGCGGUCGGGGUGACCGGUGCUCUCUGCUUACCAGCAUGUCGUGACUCGCAGCUUUGCUGUUUGCUCCGGGGUUCCCUAACCAUAAAGGCUCAAAGGAACAACACUGACCAACACUCACCACAAUUCCCAUCAUCACCACCAUCAUCACCACCAUCAUCAUCAUCAUCAUCAGUAGAGCCUGCUGUAGAAGGGCGUCCUGACAGCACGAGCUGCAGCCCGCAGACAGAGAGCAGCGCCGGUGCAUCCCGGGCUCCGGGUUCAGGCAGCGGAAGCGAGAAAGCUCUGAAAGUGCCAGGGAAGUCCAGAAAGGGGUCUCUGAAAAUCCGUCUGAGCAAACUUUUCAGAACUAAAAGCUGCAGCGGCUCUAAUAAUCUUCUGGAUAAGAGACCGUCGGUGACGUUUUCCAUUUCUUCAGCCGGAAGUUUGGUGGACAUGUCGGGCACAAGCGCUGUGGAGCACGACACGGCCAGCCAACCUGGAUUAACAAGGGCCCAAAGUGCCUUCUCUGGUGCUGCUUUCACUCCUGUCUUCACUGGAGAGACCGUGUCGCUGGUGGAUGUGGACAUCUCACAGAGAGGGAGAAACUCUCCUCAUCCCCCAACCCCUCCUCCACCUCCACGUAGAAGUCUCAGCCUGCUAGAUGAUAUAGGUGGGCCACAACCAGGGCCUUUCCUAGUGAAUGUCAUGGGGGCAUCCCUGCAGUCUCUCCCUCUGCCUCUUCCUCCUCCUCCCCCUCUCCAUGCCACCAUCCAGCAUAGCCUCAGCCUCAAUGAUGCGUUCUUCCGAGCCCUCCCUCAUUCUGCGCCAUCACCAAUUGAGACUCCACCUCCAGUGAGAGUAGCUCCACCUUCAAAUGUGUGUCCUCUGAGGGGAGUUGAUUCCAGCAGCUUCACAGCCAGCCUGAGAGAACUGGAGAGGUGUGGCUGGUACUGGGGACCAAUGAACUGGGAGGACGCAGAACUGAAACUGAAAGGGAAACCAGAUGGUUCUUUUCUGGUGCGAGACAGUUCAGAUCCCCGAUACAUACUCAGCCUCAGUUUCCGCUCACAAGGAGUUACACACCACACACGCAUGGAGCAUUACAGAGGGACCUUCAGCUUAUGGUGCCAUCCGAAGUUUGAGGACCGCUGCCAUUCUGUGGUGGAGUUCAUAGAGCGUGCCAUCAUGCAUUCAAAAAAUGGAAAAUUCCUUUACUUUCUGCGGUCACGUGUACCUGGACUCCCACCAACCCCAGUGCAGCUGUUGUAUCCAGUCUCCCGCUUCUGUAACGUCAAAUCCCUGCAACACCUCUGUCGCUUCUGUAUCCGACAGCUUGUCCGCAUAGACCACAUUCAGGAGCUCCCUCUCCCGAAACCCCUUAUUACCUAUCUGAAAAAGUUCUACUACUAUGACCCAGAGGAAGAGAUGUACCUGUCAAUCAAACGUAUGCGCCAGAUGGCAGGUGUGGACCAAGAGCCAGAGUCUGAGACGUAGCGGGAGAGCCAGAUUUGCUGUUUUCUCUGGAUGGAUAGCAGAUGGGAUAGUGCAUAGAUGCUCCUGAUGCAAAUCUCUGCCCCAAAUUCCCCAUCAGUCUUCCAGCAGAAGCCAAUGGACAUCAUCAGAAUGGCUGCGAGUUGUAUUAAGUCAAGAUGGGGUAGUAAAAUGCUGGAAUACUGUCCACAUGAAACUGGUCAGAGAUGAUCCUUCAGGCAUUAGACUUACUGGACACGCACAGAACUGUGAAAUGAAAUGGCUAGAACAUUAAAUGUGAUCUGGAGUUAUGACAUAAACCUCCAUCUGUAGCUCAUGAAAACUUUUUAAACUGGACACAUUUGUGUAUCAUUUUCCUUUGUUUUUGUUCUUUUUCUCUCUGUUAUCUUGGUCCCCUUUAUUUGCCUGUUACCUUAAGUGUAACUUCCUCAGCCUGA